AUGUCAAUAAUAUCUAUUUUAUGUUUUAAAGCAUCGUAUAAAUUAUUUCGAUGGUUAUUUAUACUUUCUACAAUUUUGAGUUCUUUAAAUGGAGUUUCAACUCUUAACUUACCGCAAUUUACAAUAAAGAGUAAAGUUAUUGAGUUACUUGACGAGGAGGGUGGAACCUCAGAUUUCACAAUGAAAUUGUUUACCAUCUCAGCAUUAGUAAUACUCGGAGGCGUGUUUGCUGGGCUUACAAUAGGCUUGAUGGGCUUAGAUGAGACUAAUUUACAAGUUUUAAUGGUAGCAGGAGAUUCGAAGGAACGUAUUUAUGCAAGAAAAGUAUUUGAACUUUUAAAACGUGGAAAACACUGGGUAUUAGUAACUUUAUUACUCUCCAAUGUGAUUGUCAAUGAAACUUUACCAAUCAUUAUGGACUCGCUUUUUGGAGGAGGUUGGCCGGCAGUGUUAAUAUCAACUGCAUUAAUCGUUCUAUUUGGGGAAAUAAUUCCUCAAGCCAUAUGUGUUCGUUAUGGCUUGGCUAUAGGUGCUGGAUUUUCAUGGUUUGUGUUGUUCUUAAUGUAUAUAAUGUUUCCUAUAGCGUACCCGAUAGCUCUACUAUUGGAUUAUUUUCUUGGCGAACAUCACGGUAUAAUGUAUCGCAAAUCUGAGUUAAAAACUUUUGUUUCUUUGCAUAAAAAUGGCGGAAUGGAAAGUUUAAAUGAAGAUGAAGUUCAAAUUAUUGGUUCUGUGUUAGAUCUUCGUGAAAAAUCCGUUUCAGCCAUCAUGACACCUUUGGAAAAUUCUUACACAUUAAGUGCUGAUUGUUUAUUAGAUGAAAAAACGGUUGAUGAGAUUCUUUCAGCAGGUUAUUCUCGUAUUCCAGUUUAUGAGCCACCAAAUCCAACGCACUUUAUAGGUAUGCUUUUAGUUAAAAAACUAAUUACAUAUGAUCCAGAAGAUGCAUGGUCUGUCAGGGAUUUUCCAUUAAGUUCACUACCAGAAACUUCGCCAGACACAAGUUGUUUAGACAUUUUAAACUAUUUUCAAGAAGGCAGAAGCCACAUGGUACUUGUCUCAGAAGAUCCUGGGGGAGAUAAAGGAGCUCUUGGCGUAAUCACUCUCGAAGAUGUUAUUGAAGAGUUGAUUGGAGAGGAAAUUAUUGACGAGACAGAUGUUUAUGUUGACGUACAAAAUAAAAUCAAAGUUGUGCGUCAUCCACCACGUCAAUCAAGACAACGUUCAUAUCCAUAUUAUAAAUCUAAUUUAUUAAAAAGCUCAGCAAUUCUACAUACUGUUCUUGAUUAUCUUUAUGCAAAUGGAUUUACAGAAUCAUUUAAUUCGUUAAAAACUGAUGCGCACCAAAAUGAUUUCAAUCCAGAUCCCAAACAAAAAUACGCAGGGUUAUUGGAAAAAAAAUGGACUUCGGUGAUUCGGUUACAAAAAAAGAUUACACAGAUGUCUGAAGAACUUAAUAAUGCACCUUUAAGAAAAAUUAAUAGUGCAGUUGAUUGGGUACCACGAGCACCAGAAAAAUAUUCACUAACAGGACAUAGGAAUCCAAUUACACGCGUUACGUUUCAUCCUGUUUUUUCUGUAUUGGCAUCUGCUUCUGAAGAUACUACAAUAAAGAUUUGGGAUUAUGAAACUGGUGAAUUUGAAAGAACACUUAAAAGUCAUACUAAAGCAGUUCAAGAUAUAACAUUUGAUCCUAAAGGCAACUAUUUGGUGACUUGUUCUGCAGAUUUGACAAUAAAAGUAUGGGAUUUACAAAAUGAUUAUAAAUGCAUUAAAACUUUGUAUGGACAUGAUCAUAGUGUUUCAUCAGUUGCAUUUUUACCAUCUGGUGAUAUUAUUGUAUCAGCUUCACGAGAUAAGACAAUCAAAUUAUGGGAAUUAUCAUCAGGGUAUUGUAUAAAAACAUAUACUGGUCAUUUGGAAUGGGUGAGAAUGGUAUCACCAAGCGAAGAUGGAAAAUGGAUUGUAACUAGUUCAAACGAUCAGACUGCACGUUUAUGGGAAGUACAAAGUGGUGAUUGUAAAAUGGAUUUUAGGGAUCAUGAUCAUGUAGUAGAAUGUGCAAUAUUUGCACCUCUUGUUGCAUAUCCUUUAAUAAGAGAAUUGAUAGGUGUAGAUAAAGAUCCCAAAGGAAACAAAGAUCAACCAAUUUCUGGUCAAUAUAUUGUAACUGGUUCAAGGGACAAAACAAUUAAACUAUGGGAUUCGACAGGUCAAUGCUUGAGAACUUUUGUGGGACAUGAUAAUUGGGUUCGUGGACUUGUAUUCCAUCCUAGUGGAAAAUUUCUUCUCAGUGCAUCAGAUGACAAGACUCUAAAGAUAUGGGAUGUUAAAACUGGUCGAUGUACCAAGACUUUAGAAGCCCAUGCACAUUUUGUUACAUGUAUCGCAUUUAAUAGUGGUACUCCUGUUGUUGCUACAGGGUCUGUGGAUCAGACUGUGAAGAUUUGGGCACCGUAUAGAUAUAACAACUGA